GUUUAUUUCAGAAGUGCAUGAGUAGUAUUUGUGGGCUGCUAGUGCUGAUCUGACCCUGCUAAAAAGUUUUAUCGUACUCCAGUCUUCGAGCAAGUAUUUGAAGAAUACCAAGAGUCGUGCGAAGAAUACCAGCGGACAAAUAAUGCCAGGAGAAAGACUGUCCAUACGUGAUAACACUGUUGGGCGUUAUCAUGCCAUUUCUGCGAGCAAUGGAGCCGUCCCAGAGAAGCAGGCAGAUGCUCAAGAGAAGAAAAAUGAGAGUGGAUGUCGCCGCUGUUUACAGAAGCUUUGCCCAUGUUUCUUCCGACGACAGAGCAGCUCGUAUGAUGUCACUGAUGAAAUGGGUCAUGUGGCUGAUGGGGCCGGAGAGAGCGAGGCUCCAGUAUCUCCACUGCCUCUCACUCCGGAUACAGAGCUGGAUGAGUUGUUUCUAACAGUGCAUUCUGUGAAUCUGCUCAGCGGGAAAUCCGAUCAGAACAGGAAGGAGCAUCACACAGACCAGUAUCACGGUGACCAUCUCAUUAUCCGCAGAGGCCAAACUUUCCAAAUAGAGCUUGAGCUUUCACGACCUUUCAACCCAAACACAGAUAAACUUCACCUGGAACUGCAGACAGGGCCCCUCCCGAUGGUGUCAAAGGGCACCCAUGUCAUCAUACCAUUAGUGGAAGAACUUCAGGAUGAAUGCUGGGAGGCCAAGAUUGUGGAGCAAAAUAUCAACCGAAUCAAGCUGUCCAUCAACUCCCAUGCCGCGGCGGUUAUCGGAAAGUACAAGUUGACCAUCACAACGCUGAUUCCAAAGACCGGGGAGAGAAACACAUAUGACCCUGAAAAAGAUAUUUACAUGCUCUUCAAUCCCUGGUGUGAAGAGGACACAGUGUAUAUGGAGGGUGAGAAAGAGUUGAAGGAGUAUGUUUUAAAUGACACUGGACGAGUCUACUAUGGCACUGAGAAGCAAAUCGGAGCUCGAACAUGGAACUUUGGCCAGUUUGAUGAAGGUAUUUUGGACGCCUGUCUGUUUGUGCUGGAUAACAGUGAGGUUCCUCCCUCAGGUAGAGGAGAUCCCGUCAAUGUGGUCAGAGUCAUUUCUGCUAUGAUAAAUUCUCCAGAUGACCGUGGUGUUUUGGAGGGAAACUGGACUGGGAAUUACGUGGGUGGAACUCCUCCCACAGCCUGGAGUGGUAGUGUGGAAAUCCUAAAAAAAUACCACCAGGAGGGUGGAACGCCGGUCAAAUACGGCCAGUGCUGGGUGUUCUCUGCAAUCACCACUACAGUACUGAGAUGUCUUGGUAUUCCUACCCGUUCCGUCACAAAUUUCCAGUCCGCUCAUGAUACCGACGUCUCCUUGACAACAGAUGUUUACUUUGAUGAGAACAUGGAACCAAUCAAUCACCUCAAUUCUGAUUCUGUGUGGAACUUCCAUGUUUGGAAUGAUUGCUGGAUGGCUCGUCCGGAUUUGCCUCCUGGAAUGGGCGGCUGGCAGGCCGUGGAUUCCACCCCUCAGGAAACCAGUCAUGGAACGUUUCGCUGUGGUCCAGCAUCACUGGCAGCUAUACGCUCUGGACAGGUCUAUUUCAAAUACGACACACCUUUUGUAUUCGCUGAGGUGAACAGUGAUAAAAUCUACUGGCAGAGGAACCUCGAUGGCACCUUCAGUCAGAUCCACAGCGAGAAGAAAGCUGUGGGGCAUUGCAUCAGCACCAAAGCUGUAGGCUCUGAUCAGCGUGAAGACAUCACACAUAUUUACAAAUACCCUGAAGGCUCAGAGGAGGAGCGUAUCGCCGUGGAGACCGCUUGUCGCUAUGGCAGUAAACCUGACAUAUACUCCAGUCCCACUGCUGAAGAUGUUCAUGUGGAGGUGAAGAUUGACGGAGAAGGGCCACGCAUGGGAGUAGAUGCAAAGCUGAAGAUUGUUGUAAAGAACCUGAGCUCACAGCCUCGCAGAACCACACUCCACAGCCAGGUGGCAGUCAUGUACUACACUGGCGUGAUGAAGGACACCAUAAAGAAGGACAAGCUUUCUGUUGAGCUAAUGCCAAAUGAAGAAAAGGUUAUUGAAUGGAUCCUGCCGUACGAGCAGUACCAGAACCAACUGGUGGAUCAAGCUGCACUCAUGCUGACCCUGUCUGGUCGGGUCAAUGAAACCCAGCAGGUUUUGGCCAAUCAGACGAGCUUUAGACUGCGAACGCCUGAUCUCGUCAUUGAGCCUAUUGGAGAGGCUUAUGUGGGCAAAGAGACGUCAGCGAAGAUCACGUUCACAAAUCCUCUGCCGUGUACACUUCGUAACGUGGUGGUGCGAGUGGAGGGACUGGGGCUGAGAGACAUCCAUACCAUCAGAGUGGGGGAUGUGGGUAAGCAUGCUAAUGUGACCGUGACUGAACACUUUAUCCCGGCGAUAGCAGGCAUGAGGAAGCUGGUGGCCUCUUUGGAUUGCAAGCAACUCACGCAGGUGCACGGCGUGGUCGACAUAAUCGUUCAAGAAAGCCAGUGAAUUUAGUUUAUCAGCACUGUUAAGAACUGUAUGUACCUUCACAGGAUUAUGUCUGUAUCAUUAGAUCCUGCAUUACUAAUAUUCUUCACUGCUUUAUCCAUUCUUAUGUGGUUGACACUGAGCCAAGCUGUUGUUACUUUAAAUGUGGAAAUUGAAAAGAAAUAACCCUUCAUACACACUGAAAUUGUUAUGCUGAUAAUAUAAUCUGCAAGGAUUUUCUUAUUGUUAAAUUGUUUAGAUGUUUCUUUUAAACAUGCUGCUUUGCAUAUUAACAUCUUGCAAAUUCUAGCUUUUAAGCAUGUCCUGGUUCAGCUUAGAGCAUCAGCUGUAGCAGGGCUGGACUGGGAUGAGAACUCGGCCUGGGAUUUUACAUGGCAACUGGCCCAAAACUUGUUGAGUGGGGGGUGUUCGCUGUCCUUUUCUGCAUAUCGCGGCACCGUUUUGUGGUCCGUUCUGCAUAACGUGGCAGCUCAUUUUUGCUUAUCGCGGCCCAUUUGGCACAUUUUGCGGCCAACCCACCGCCCGCUCGGUCCUCCUGCUGGCUAGUUCGGCCCUGAUCGGCCUGAAAGUGCAUCAGGCCACUGGGAAAAUGCCCAUUAUGCCAGAUUACCAGUCCAGCCCUGGGCUGUAGUAAAGAACAACAUUUUUCUAUUUGUUUUUAAACCACUGAAAAUACAUAUGCAUUACCUUAUCGGAGUAUUAUAAUUUUAUAUAUACUUUAUGACUGUAAAUGUAACAUUUGUGUGAAUGAUUAUCAAAAAUAAAUAAAGAUUAUUUUUCUGUUGCCUAACACAUUUAGCUCAUACCUU